GUACAAACCUUAGGAUUGAUCUUGUCCAUCACAUAUAGGGAUGAGAUGCAUUCUCUCUCUCUCUCUCUCUCUCUAACCAGAGGUUGCAAAAUCAAAGAUCUAAAGAGAAAAGUAGGGAACGAAGAAAAGAGGGCAGAAAUCAAAACCAGACCUCUUUCUCUUCUCUCUCUCAUGGGACGCCUCGAGAGGUUGAGUCCCGUGAUUCGAUGCCGCCCUCAUAAAUAAAAAGACUUCCUCCCAACUUCCCACUUCCUCUAUUCUUCUUCUUCUUCUUCUUACUGGACCCGGAGGCCCCUUGUCUCUCCUCCUUUCUUGUUUUUUAUGGCUCUCCUAGGUUCGUCUUCUGCUUAGCUACCCACUUCCGAUGAUGAGAUCGCCGGAGAUCCUGAGGAAUGGAGAGGCCCAGGCGAGCCCGAGCCCCAGGAGGAACAGGAGGAGGGGCGAGGAGGGGGCACCCCCGGGCUUCCACUCGACGGUGUCCCUCCAGAAGCUCAGGCGGUUCAACACGCUAGCUCUGGUCUUCAGGGUGGUCGCCUUCUGCUUCCUUCUAGCCUCCACCGUCUUCAUGGCCAUGGACUCCCACGCCUCUCCCAGCCCCCGCUGGUUCGACCACCACGCCUUCAGGUACUUGGUGGCUGUAAAUUCCAUCAUUGCAGUGUACUCUUUCUUCGAGAUGGGCGCGGCGCUAUGGGAGAUGCUCAACGGGAACACGCUCAUGCCGGAGACCAUCCAACUAUGGUUCGACUUCACUCAUGACCAGGCGUUUGCUUACCUACUUUUCUCGGCGAACUCCUCUGCGACAACGCUCACGCAGAACCUGAGGGGUGGGCAACUAUGCAGCGGAUCGAGUGGUUCUUCUUGUGGAGGUUCGGACGCCUUCUGCAUCCAAUCCUACAUCUCCAUUGCCCUCGGCUUUGUAGCUUUCCUCUUCCUAGCUGCGUCCACCGUGCUGUCCGGCUUCCGGCUUGCUUGCUUCAUUACCACCGGCUCCCGGUUUCAUGUAUGACCAAGGAAAUGUGAACGGGAAAGAGAGGAACUUUAUUGGGUACUUGUCUCCUCUGCGGAUUUGCAAUUUUGAGUUUUUCAUUUUAUUUGGUCUUCAGCCUAUUCA